CAAGAGUUGGUGUCAAGUUAUACGCAUUUAAUUUGCUUAGAGUACUUUACAACUAAUGUUACUGGAGCUUGUACUAUAUUUCCAAUGAAAGUAAGACCCGGAGGGUUGAUGCCACUCAUCCCCCAGUCUAGGCCUAAGUUGUAACCUAACUUCCUUGUUUCGCUUCUACCUUACCUGGCAGUAACAAACUAUAGGCUUCUUCGGUUUUCAGAAAUCAGGCUGCAAUGCUGAACCCAAGGUCAGUGUUUAUCACAGGAUGCUCCAGCGGUAUAGGCCUAGAACUAGUCCGGCAGCUCGUGCACCUGCCCCACCCCCCGCGGCAUCUUCUAGCUUCGUGUUUAGACCCCACCAACGACGAGGCGCGUCAGCUUCGGGACGUAGCUGCUGCCCACCCUGAAGUUGUUGUGGUCAAGUUGGACAUCAGGAGUGACCAGGAUAUCAAGCAGGCGGUGGUCACUGCCGAGCAGGUGCUGGGAGAGGAUGGGCUGAAUUUGCUCAUCAACAACGCCGCCAUAUUGUCCAAAAUGUCUGGUGUGAGGGACGUGACGAGGGUGGAUCUCGUGGAUCACUUCGACUGCAACACGGCUGGACCUAUGAUGGUGUCCAAGAACUUCCUCCCACUGCUUCUGAAGGCUGCCAACAACAGCUUGUCCUACCUCAGUUGUAACCGGGCGGCCAUCAUCAAUGUGUCGACAGGACUCAGUUCCGUGUCAUUCUGUGUCAAGAACAUGAAGCAUCCCUGGUAUGGCUACAUCUGCUCCAAGGCUGCCCUCACCAUGGCAACGAACAUCAUGGGGAGAGAACUCUGUAAUGAUGGUAUAUUAGUGACAGCCGUGAACCCUGGUCAUGUUAGGACGAAUAUGGGGGGUUCUGAUGCACCAAUCUCGGUUGAGGAUUGCAUAAGAAAGCUUUUGCAGACGCUUGCAUCAUUCAAUGAAAACUCAGUUGGUCUACUUCACUCGACCAACGGAGAUGUAAUACCAUUGUGAAAAUGGAAGGAAAAUUCAAUUUGCAUUUGUUCACAAAUGCUGUUCCCACUAAUGAAAA